ACAGAACACCGGCUGUAAUAACCGCUAAGCGGCGCUUAUCCUGCCACACCGUCGCCUGACCGCGACCCCCUCACACCUCGACUCAGCGAUAAAGAAACAGAAAGAAAACGAAGUGCGCAAGACGGCAGAGGUAAAGAAAGCAGCCAUGAGGAGCAGCUUUGUUUUCUUUCUUUAUCUCCUUCGCGGAGCUUGCAGUGGAUCCGACGGGGACCCGGAGUCUCUAAACCUAUGUAUCCACAUAGCUGUGUCCCGUGGCUUUAACCUUCCUGAGUUUUUACAGAGGACCACCCUGAAUGACGUGACCAUCUUCUACCAUGACAGUACCAUGGCUUCUAAAAUGCCCUGUCCUGACUGGCUCAACAGUAUUGCAGGACAGUGGCACUGGAAACAUAUACAGAACUGGGCAGAUCGCAACAGACGUGUAAUUACUCAAGGAUUCACUUCAGCUGUUCAGCAGUUUAACAGGACAGGCUUGUUGGCUGACAGUAACAUAUACGAGGGCUGGGGCUGCUGUACUCUCUUUCCAAAUGGAACCUACAGGUCAUGGCUAACACACAAAUUCAAUGGAAAAGACUUCAUAAGUCUUGAUUUGAACAAAAGGGUAUUUGUUGCUGCUGUUUCUGAAGCAGUUCUGUAUAAAAAUCAGAGAUGCAGAGAUGAAAGGGACAUGGAUGACAUAACGGAUUACUACAGAAAAGUGAUUAUAGAUCGACUGAACAUAUUCAAGAAUGCUCCUUCAGUCCGCAUCAGAAAAGUUCCAGAAGUCAGGAUCUUUGAGAAACAGAAGGCCGGCUCCAUUACAGUCACGUGUCACGUGACGGGGUUUUACCCCCGGGCGGUUCAGGUCGACUGGCUCGGCCCAGAUCUGCAUCCUGUGGAUGGAGGAGUCACUGAUGUGCUGCCCAACGAGGACGGCACAUACCAGACCAGAAGGAGUGUGACGGUUCCAGAGGAGGAUGUAGGGAAACACACCUACAGCUGUGUAGUGCUUCAUAGCAGCGUAGAGCACAACAUCACCACAGUCUGGGUUGUGGAGAAACGCAGCAGGUUUGCUGUUUGGAUGUCUCUUGCCUGCAUUUGCUUGUUGAUCAUUGGAUUUGGUUUCUGGAGCUGCUGUAGAUCUAAUGAUCUGAGGAAUCAAAAAUAAAAAGCUACUGGAGACCCACACAAGCUGACAGAAAAGGGUGGAGUGCAGUCCUCAGUGCAGCACAUGACCCAGUCAACACAGGCGACACUGUCUGAAGGCCACUAGUGAAGUGAGUCAGACUGUUUAAUUCCAAUGCACAUCCUAUUGUAAAUAGUUACAUUCUGUCCUAAAUAUUUAGAUUCUAUCUUUUAAGUCUUACUGAAUUUUAUGUUGUCCUUUUUUCCCCUUUAUCUUAUUCGGUGCUAUCAGUAUUAAAGUAUAUACAGUAUGAAUUCAGGGCUUCUUUGAUUUAUUUUUUAAUUUUGUACAAGCUGUUGUAUAAAAGUGAGAGAACAUUCAAGGUCAUGUGUUAUCACAAAUAAUGUCAUGACAAUAUCUGCGGUGAUUUAUUUUCUGCAAUUAACUUUUUUUGUCUUGCAAUAAACAUAUGAUUUUAUGUGUGUACAACAAAGCUGGGUUUGCAGGUCA